AUGGAGGUGUCGGGGAAUAUAUGGAUGUUAGCGUCAUGCUUCCUCGUCCUCCUCCCCAGGGGCGGGGCCCAGAUGGGGCAGUCGCAAUACGACCCAGAUGCUGUGACCACCGGGACAUUCCCUGAUGACUUUGCCUGGGGUGUGGCGACAUCCGCGUACCAGGUGGAAGGAGCCUGGGACAAAGAUGGGCGAGCUCCUAGUAUCUGGGACAUAUUCACCAUGGACGGAUCAGGUCACGUGAAGGAUGGAUCCAAUGGCAACGUGGCAUGUGACCAGUACAACCAUUACAAAGAGGACGUGCAACUCAUCAAAUCUCUUAACGUGAAAUACUACAGGUUCUCGAUUUCCUGGAGCCGCGUCCUUCCAGAUGGAACUGAGGCGUCCUUGAAUCAAGCCGGGAUAAAUUACUACAAAAAUCUUGUAACAGAGCUGAAGGCUAAUGGGAUUGAACCUAUGGUGACACUGUACCACUGGGAUCUUCCCCAAGCCCUUCACGAUAGAAUGGGCGGUUGGCAGAACGCUUCGAUUGUGCAAUACUUCGGUGCAUAUGCUAGGGUUAUGUUCAGGGAACUCGGAGAUCAGGUGAAGUUCUGGAUCACUUUGAAUGAGCCGUGGGUAGUUGCCUGGCUCGGGUAUGGAUCGGGUCAAAACGCUCCGGGGAUCAAGGAGCCUGCCGUUGCCCCGUAUACUGUUGGACACAACCAAAUCCUUGCCCACGUGGAGGCCUACCACAUAUAUAAUGACGAAUUCAGGAUAUACCAGAAUGGACGGAUCGGUAUUACGAUGAACAGUGAUUGGGCCAUUCCUAAAUCCCAAUCACAGGCAGAUAUUGACGCAGCUGAACGACAGAUGCAAUUCAGUCUUGGCUGGUUCGCAAACCCCAUAUAUGGAAGUAACGGCGACUAUCCUGAUGCCAUGAAAAGUAUUUCACGAGUUCCGGUUUUCACAGCUGCUCAGAAACAACGCAAUAAAGGCUCUGCUGAUUUCUUUGGCCUGAAUCAUUACACAAGUCAGUUGGUGUCCGACAAACCACGUUCUGCCUCUGAUCCAAACAGCUACAUUACCGAUAUAAGGACUCGCACAGAAGCUGAUCCCAGCUGGAGAGGGUCAUCGUCGUCGUGGCUCAAGGUCAAUCCUAGUGGAAUGAGGAGUAUACUGAAUUGGAUCAAAACCACGUACAACAACCCAGAUGUUUAUGUCACAGAGAAUGGUGUAUCUGACUGUGGAACAUUACAGGAUCAGGCCAGACUUGAUUACUACAAAGGUUACAUUAACAAUAUGAUGAGGGCAAUAAAAGUGGAUGGCUGUAACGUAAAGGGCUACGUUGCCUGGUCACUGCUGGACAACUUUGAGUGGGCAUCCGGGUAUACGGAAAAAUUCGGACUAAUCAAAGUGGACUUCGAACGUAACGAGAGACCAAGAACAGUCAAAGACUCUGCCUUUUUCUUUGCCGACCUUGUCAAAAACAAUGGCUUCCCAUCUGGUUGGGAUACCUCGACCUACAUAAUGGCAGAUGUUGAAGAGAGGGACAUGUUCCUGCAUGGUUCGUUCCCUGACGGGUUUGCAUGGGGCGCCGCUACAGCUGCCUACCAAGUAGAAGGGGCAUGGAACGAAGAUGGAAAGGGGCCAAGUAUUUGGGAUGUAUUUUCACACAACGGUCGAAUAGCGAACCACGACACCGGGGAUGUGGCCUGUGAUAGUUACCACAAGUACAAAGAGGACGUGCAGAUGUUGAAACAAUUAGGGGUAUCUCACUACCGUUUCUCCAUCGCCUGGUCCAGAAUCAUGGCAGACGGCACACCUAGAACUCUGAAUCCUAAGGGCAUUGCGUACUACAACGAUCUUAUAGACGAGCUUCUCUCCAAUGGGAUUCAGCCUUUCGUGACUCUGUACCACUGGGAUCUGCCGCAGGCUCUACAGGAGAUUGGGGGCUGGGAAAACGAUACCAUCAUAGAUCAUUUCAACACUUAUGCUGAAAUAUGCUUCUCGAACUUUGGACACAAGGUCAAAUCGUGGAUCACAUUUAAUGAAGCGUUUGUUGUUUCCUGGUUGGGGUAUGGUAUCGGAGUUUUUGCCCCUGGCGUUUAUAGUCCUGGAACCGGUGUAUAUAAUGUGGCACAUAACAUCAUCCGAUCUCACGUCAAGGCUUACCACACAUACGAUGAUCACUUCCGGUCUAAAUAUAACGGUCAGGUCGGGAUUACCCUAGACUGUGAUUGGAAACAGCCGAAUCAAUUCCGCUCGGCUAAGGAUAGAUAUGCGGCUGAGAGAGCACUGCAGUUUAAGCUUGGUUGGUUUGCUAAUCCAAUCUUUGGAAAUGGAGACUACCCCUCAGUUAUGAAGCGUGUGGUGAAAGCCAAGAGUCUGGCUCAAGGGCUUUCACAAUCUCGACUUCCGGAGUUCACUCCGGAGGAAAUUGAACAAAAUAAAAAGUCAGCUGAUUUUUUCGGCUUGAAUCACUAUACUUCCAACUUGGUUUCACAACUUGAUCGGCCGAUAAAGGACCAGAGUUAUGAUAAUGAUCAAGACAUCGACAUCACUUACGACAACUGCUGGAACAGGUCUGAGUCGUCAUGGUUACGAGUGAAUCCCUGGGGACUGAGAAAGCUCCUGAAUUGGAUCCAUGAUCGAUAUGAUAGCCCUCCGAUUUACGUCACAGAAAACGGGGUUUCAGACAAAGGGCAACUUGAUGACGAAACACGCAUUCUCUACUACCGUAGUUACAUAAACGAAAUGAUGAAAGCCGUGAGACUGGACGGUGUGGACGUACGAGGCUACAUGGCGUGGUCACUUAUGGACAAUUUUGAAUGGACCAGUGGUUACACUCAGAAAUUCGGUCUUUAUCAGGUAGACUUCAACAGUCCACAACGGGUUCGAUCCAUGAAGUCAUCAGUAUCAGUAUAUUCUGAAAUCAUACAGAACAAUGGCUUCCCUGAAAUUUAGGAUGUUAUCGAGAUUAUAGGUAACAUUAUGUCAGAUACAGUAAAUCGAUGCAAUUAAAACAUCAUUAUUGCCGCCAAACUAUGGCUUCUCUGUAUUUCUAAAUAACAUUAUUAUUGGAAUGGUUGCUGGUUGUAUGAAAUAUGAUACUAACUCUUGCCACUAAUAUUAAACGUUUUUUUGUCUAACUUUUGAGCACGUCCUAAUCAAGAAGAAAUACUGGAAUGAAAACGUUUGUUAGCUAAUGUAAAAUACGAAUUUUCUGGUAACUAUGAUCAAUUUUGUGUGUACUCUAUGAGUUUCAUUAUUAUAUAGCUAGCACUAGCGUA